GGCAGCCGGCGCGGGGCUGAGCUUGUGGCAGAAGGGAGAUUCAUGUAUUCAGCUUUCUACCUGACCUCUCCUUUUGGAUAUCUGUUAGACAUCUGAAACUGGCAAGUUUCCCAGCUUUCCCCCACAAAACUGGUUUCCCUCUCUCAGUUGAUGGCAACUCCGUCUUUUUCUCUUAGUAAAACAUCCACGAGUCGUCUUAUAUACAUGUAAGAGGAGCAAAAAUGUCAGACGAUAUCAGGAAAAGGUUUGAAUUUCCAAAUUCUCUUAUCCAAUCACAGGCUGUGGGUCAUCUUAUUGCUGCAGUCCUGAAGGAAAAUGGUUUUUCAGAAAAGAUCCACCAAUCGACAAACCAGACUCCAGCUUUGAACUUGCUUUGGGAGAAGUGUUGCAGUGAUAAUGUGGUGGUUCGAACGGGCUGCUGUGAGGGCCUGGUGGCCCUUGUCGCUCAGGAUCAUGCAGAGUUUGACUAUGUGCUCAAUGGGAUACUCAACCUGAUGCCAUCGACCAGGAAUACACAUGGCCUGAUAACAGCCAUUAUGAAAUUAUUACAAAUGCAAGCUUUUAAGGAAGGACAAGGAGGGGAGAAGAGUAUUCGGAAUUUGUAUACUAUUAGAAAUCAUCCUCAGCCUUUGAUCACUAUGCUUGAACACAGACCUGAUUGCUGGCCGGUACUUUUGCAGCAGCUGACGUCAUUUUUCCAGCAAUGCCCUGAAAGGUCAGAAGUUUCGUGUAUCCAAAUAAUGGCACCAUUUCUAUGGUAUCUCUAUUGCGAACCAUCCCAGUUACAAGAAUAUGCUAAACUGCGCCUAAUGCUGCUGAAAGUCUUACUUCAACCCCGGGUUCCUGGUGACCCAGAGCAACCAUCAGUCUUGGAACAACAGAUCCUUCAGCUGUGUUGUGACAUGGUUCCGUGUUUGCAGGUAAAAGAUUUGAUCCAGACAACAGAAGUGAUGCUGUUUAUUGAGGAAGUAUAUUUAAGCUUACUGCGUCAUCCCAUUUUCUGGAAAAUUCAGCUUACCCAGCUGACCCUGCAGCUCCUGUGUGUCUGUGAAGUCAGCCUAACGAUAACUGGGGAAUGCUCAUCUUUAAUUCACCUUUUAGAGCACAGUGUUGAACUUUUGAAGGAGGAUUUUCCUGUUGAACCGGUCACAGUUGGAAUAGCUUUCUUACUGCUGCAGACACCAGCAAGUCAGCAGAAGCCAAUCCUAAGUUUAGCUUUGAAGCUCCUCUCUGUUGCCGAGGGUCAGAAAAUCCCAAGGUCAUCCUUGGUGCUAGUGAUGCCGCUUCUGCAGAUACUGUCUUCUACUGCCUUGGAAGACUGUAUGUCCAUGGAUGAAGAAGGUCCCUCGAGGCAGCAGUUGGCUCUGAACCUUUUGGAAAUGGUACAGCAGGAGUCCUAUAGAGAUGACCACCAAAAGCUCUCCUACAAGCUUGCUUUCCCCAUAACCAGCAUGUAUGGAUCAAUAUUUACAGCCUGGAGGAUCCUUGAAGUCAUGAGAGAAGAGUCUGCGGCCAGUGACUGGCUGUUUUCCGUAGAGUCCUUGCUCCCUAUUACCACAGUGAUCCCUGUGCAUGUUUUCCUUCUGUUGGCUCACCUCCUUGUUGAAGAUCAAGGACAAAAUCUUCGCCAGAUACUGAAGGUCACUACAUUAUUAGCCCAAGCAGAUUCUUCUCAGGUACCGAAUCUGAUUCCGGUUUUAAUGUUCAAAUUGGGAAGACCGCUGGAACCCGUAUUAUAUAAUGACAUCUUGUAUACUUUACCUACACUUGGUGUUCACAAGGUGUGUAUAGGACAAAUUCUACGAGUGAUCCAACUUCUUGGAACUACUCCACAGCUAAGACCUGUCACUCUGCGCUUGUUGACAUCUUUGUGGGAAAAGCAGGAUCGUGUCUACCCUGAACUGCAGCGUUUCAUGGCCAUGUCCGAUGUGCCUUCUCUGUCUGUGGGCAAGGAAGUCCAGUGGGAAAAACUCAUCGCCAAAGCAGCAUCAAUCAGAGACAUAUGUAAGCAAAGGCCCUACCAGCAUGGUGCAGAUAUGUUGGCAGCUGUUUCCCAGGUGUUGAACGAGUGCACCAAGCCUGAUCAAGCCACUCCGGCAGCUUUGGUGCUCCAAGGUCUUCACGCGCUCUGCCAAGCGGAGGUCGUUUGCAUUCGCUCCACUUGGAACGCGCUGUCCCCGAAGCUCUGCUGCGACACGAGACCUCUCAUUCUGAAGACCCUCAGUGAACUGUUUUCUCUCGUUCCUUCCUUAACCGUCAACACGGCUGAAUAUGAGAAUUUUAAAGUUCAAGUCCUCAGCUUCCUCUGGACCCACACUCAAAACAAGGACCCAGUUGUAGCCAAUGCUGCGUAUAAAUCUCUGUCACACUUCAGUGCGGGAGAGCACACCAUUCUUCAUCUGCCUGAAGAGAUAAGACCAGAAAUCCCUACUCCCGAUGAGCUAGAUGAAGACGAAGAUGAUGAGGGUGACGAAAAAGAUGUGGAUCUUUCUAUUCCUGGCUCUUGCUAUCUCAGACUGUUGUCACUUACUGCUCCUUUGGUUUUACCAGCCUUAGAGGAAUUUUUUACAUCUCUUGUGAAGCAGGAAAUGGUAAAUAUGCCCCGUGGAGUCUAUCACUCUGCAUUAAAAGGAGGUCCCCGGUCCGACCAAGGAAAAACUGUAGCAGGGAUCCCCAAUUUUAUAUUGAAGAUGUAUGAGACCAAUAAGCAGCCAGGUUUGAAACCUGGCCUUGCAGGUGGUAUGUUAUUUUGUUACGAUGUUUCAACCUAUCAGAGUAAAGAUGGCAAACCUUUGAAUCGACUGAUGGCCAGUAGGGGGCGAAGUUUCAAACAGACCUCACUUGCUCUGGUACAUGAGGUUCAGAUCCAGCUUUCCGAGUGGCACCGGGCGAUUUUUCUGCCCCAGGCCUGGCUUGCCUUUAUGAGUCGAGCUUAUCAUGCCAUUUUACAGGGCAGGACCGGAGAGUUGGACUUGCAGCUGAAACAUGGGAAGGAAGGCCCCGAGGAGGUGCAGUACAAAAAAGGCACCGCCUGGCUCUGGGUCCGAGACAUGUUGACGGAGGAGAUCACCAAGGCGGCGGCCAAAGAGAGCCCAGUGGUCAAGGGCAACGCGCUGUUAGCCUUAAGCAGCCUCGCUGUGGUCGUAUCCAAACACGAAGCCAGCCUUUCCUCAGACUCGGAGGGGGUCCCGGAGGUUCAGCCCAAUUUCCUUUCAAUGAAGGAGUGGGUUUCCAUGGUGUCGGAUACACUCCUGGUCAUUGUGGAUAGCCAUUACCAACCCAGAGGCCAAGUUUUCUCCUCAUUUUAUUAUAAAUCCUAUUCUGGUGAAAACACCGCUAGCGCGAUCGCCCGCUCCGCUGCCGCCACGGCUUUGUCUCUCCUCGUGCCAGUUUUCAUUAUUUCUUGCAAAGAGAAGGUUGAGGAAAUCCUGAACAUGCUGACUGCCAGGUUACCUGGGAAACCGAGAGCUGAUGAGUCUCAAGCCGUGCAGAUCCACAUGGGCCUGGCUUUGGGGAUGUUUCUCUCUCGCUUGUGUGAGGAGAAACUCAGUGAUAUAUCUGGCCAACAGAUGAACCUCCUUCUGAUGAAGUCUCUGGAUGCCCUGGAAAAUUGCUGCUUUGAUCCUAGCCUUGAAUAUAACACGGGCUGUAUAUUGGGAGUUGGACUUGUUCUGUCUCUCAUGAGCCACAGCAGCCAGACAGAGUCCCGAGUUCACGUGGCAGCAUCCCUUCGGAAGCUCUCGACGUACCUAGAUGACAGUGGGAGCCAAGGCAGAACAUUUCAGGAGGUCCUUGCUUAUACCCUCAGCUGUGUAUGUACCUCAGCGUUCAGUACCGGGAUCAUUGAGGCUGCGGAGGCUGAAGAUAUCAUGAACAAGCUUCGGAUGUUGGUAGAAAACAACCAACAGACUUCAGGUUUUGCCCUGGCGUUGGGAAACCUGGUUCAUGGUUUGUCUGUGUGCGGACAUGGAAAAGCUGAGGACUUGGGCCACAGACUGCUCCCUGCAUGGAUCAGAACUGUUCUAGCACAGGGCACUCCCACAAUGCUUUGCUUGGCGGCACUUCAUGGCAUGGUGGCCUUGGUAGGCUCUGAAGGGGACGUAAUGCAGCUGAAGUCAGAAGCUAUCCAGUCCUCUCAUUUUCAAGCCCGACUCAAUGAAGUCAUUAAAACUGUAACUCAGGUCAUUAGUGUGUCUGGGGUGAUUGGUCUUCAAUCAAAUGCUCUCUGGCUUCUAGGACAUCUUCAUCUGUCUACUCUGUCCUCAAGUCAGAGCAGAACCUCUGUUCCUACUGACUAUAGUUAUUUGCCUGAGAGCAGUUUUAUUAGAGCGGCCAUUGGCUUCUUCGUCACAGGAGGGAAAAAAGGUCCCGAGUCUGUGCCUCCUUCCCUUCUCAAAGUCGUGAUGAAACCCAUCGCAGCUGUCGGAGAAAGCUACCAGUAUCCUCCUGUGAACUGGGCCGCACUCCUCUCUCCACUUAUGAGGCUAAACUUCGGGGAAGAGAUCCAGCAGCUGUGCCUUGAAAUUAUGGUGACACAGGCGCAGUCAUCCCAGAAUGCAGCUGCGCUCUUGGGACUGUGGGUGAUGCCGCCGCUGAUCCAUGGUUUGAGCGUGAAUAUCAAGAAGUACCUCCUGGUGUCCACGCCUCUGUGGGUAAAACAUGUCUCUGACGAACAGAUCCGGGGCUUCGUUGAAAAUGUGAUGGUGCCCGUUUUCAGAGCAGCUUCUCUGCCUGCCCAGGCUGAGUUGCGCAUGAGUGCCCUGCAGGGGCUGGGUCAGGCCAUGAAGCUGCCCAGCCCUACCCACCACCUCUGGAGUCUGCUCUCUGAAGCUACGGGAAACAUUUUCGACCUUCUGCCAAAUAAGAUUCGGAGAAAUGAUCUAGAGCUGUAUGUCAGUGUAGCAAAAUGCCUCUCAGAAAUGACAGAUGAUGAAGCCAAUCGGGUUGCCCAGAUUACGGAGAGCAGCCUAGAAAAAGCUGCCUUUGUCAGACUGUACUUGGUGUCUCAAGGACGAUUCCCCUUGAUGGGCUUGAUGGAGAUCCUCAGUGCGGCCGUCCAGCACCAGGAGAAAGACACUCUGGCGUGGAUGGUACUGCAGAGCCUCUACCAGGCUCGAAUCGCGAGCCACGCCAACACAGGUGUGUUGAAGAGAAUGGAAUGGCUCCUGGAGCUGAUGGGUUAUAUCAGAAAUGUUGCGUACCAGUCAACAUCUGUUCAGAACGUGGCUCUUGAUGAGGCUGUGGACUUCUUGUUGCUGCUCUUCGCAGCCGCAGUGGUGACAUGGGCAGACCAUGCGGCCCCGCUCCUUCUUGGCCUCAGUGCCAGCUGGUUGCCAUGGCAUCGGGAAAAUGGCCCAGCUGGGUCAGCCUCAAGCUUCCUUGGCCGGAGUCCAGUGCACAGGGUCACUCUGCAGGAGGCCCUCACUCUCCUUCCCAGUAGCAUGCCUCUCCUGCUGCAGAAAGAACCAUGGAAGGAACAGACCCAGAAGUUCAUUGACUGGCUCUUCAGCAUCAUGGAAAGCCCUAAAGAAGGCCUCUCAGCAAAAUCCAGGGAUCUUUUAAAAGCCACCCUGCUGUCCUUGAGAGUUCUCCCAGAGUUUAAGAAGAAAGCUGUGUGGACCAGAGCCUAUGGUUGGUGAAGUUUCGUGGGUAGCCAGCAGCCUCCUUAGCUGGGUGAGGAAAACCAUAGAAAUGGAAGAAGGUUUUCAGAAUUCAUGCCUGGGAUCGCCGAGUCAUGAUGCAGAGGGUCAAGGGGCACGAAAAGGUGGACACAAAACUGACCCUUUGACAGGUACAUGCCAAGAAAAGGGGGCAUUGCUUCAAUGCCCAGGCCAGCUGGGAACGAAACCAGAACUUGAAUUUUCUUUUAUUUGGCUGGAGUUCAACCUGAAGAUUUUCUUUGUGAAAACUUGACUACAUUAUCUACUCCCCCUAAAUUCUAGUAAAAUAAUCUUGUGAA